AGAGGAACCAGACCCAAGAGGGAACCCAUCCUCAUCUGGGUUGCACCAAAUGUCCAACACAACAGGAUGGAGAUACUUCAGCUCAGUAUUUACUACAUCUCUGCUGAGAAGAAGAGCUGGAGUGAGAGCAGAAAGGACUGCCAGGGGAGAGGAGCAGACCUGGUGAUCAUAAACAGCAGUGAGGAACAGGACUUUGUUGAGGUGUGGAGAAGAAAUCAAGGUGUUUGGAUUGGUGCAAAUGACAGAGACAGUGAAGGGACCUGGAAAUGGGUGGACGGUACCGCAGUGAUCAAGAGUUUCUGGAAUCCAGGUGAACCAAACAAUGUUGGGGAUGAGGACUGUGCUGCGUCUGGCUAUUACCCAGUCUGGCUAUUGGGUUGAUGUUUCUUGUAAUAAAAAAUAUAUUUGGAUCUGUGAGAAAAGACUUAAUAUGUGAUAUGAGUGAAAAUCUCAAAAUUGCUAAUAUUAAAUAUAUAAUCUAUUUGACUUAUUAAAAGUGAUUUUUAACUUUUUUUAUGUUUCUAAACUUGUUUGUAGAUUUUGUCUCUAAUAUCUGUCUUAAUGAGUCUAUAACAAGGAAUAAAUGUGUUUGCAGUAAAUU